UUCCAAUUUUUAACCUUUUUAAUUUUUUUUUUUAAAUUUUCUUCUAUUUAACUAUUACAAUAAGAACCCAUUGAAACCUGUACUGGAAACAAAAUGAACUUCCAAGUUAAGUUCCACACUCAGCAUACGCUUACUUAAUUAGACAAUUACUAGACUGGCUUGCAUGUGGUAACAAUCACGUUUAUAGCUGAAUUGAAAAGGUUUUUUGAAAAACGAAAUUGCUAGCGAUAUCACAUUCGACAUGCGUCACGUAUGUACUUAAAUUUUGGUAGUUGAAUUCGGAAUGAAAAACACCUGUAGAAUGUAUAGAAUAUAAUCCACGGUAGUUAAAUUUGUUUGGACAUAUAAGCCACAAAUCUAUUGGCUUGGUCCAUCUCCAUCCAACAUACCAAAAAAAAAAAGUUAAUUUCGAAUAGAGCAACUGAAAUGAAAGAGAGAAAUGAUUUCAUAUUGUAAAGAAAAUAAUCCAUGGGUUUUCACAUCAUAUGGCAGUGGAUUAAAAAACUCGCUCCAUCCAACCACAUCUUUUCAUAUCAAACUAGAACGCCGAAAUGGUAUAUUCAGCGAAUUUUGCCAAGUAAUUGUAGAUAUUACAAUAUAAAGAGUUGUGUGGGGAGCAGUGGAAAAUAUGGUCCAACUUUGACAAUUUUCAAUAGGCUUUGCCGUUAGGUUGAAAAUUAGACGAUUAUAUAGAUAGACAACCUUGCACUGAUUCAGAAAGUGAUUUUGAUUCUUGCUAUAAUAAAAGUCGGGCCAAUGGCCCUGACCCCUGAUGGAUGUUAUAUAUUCGCACAAAUAUAAUAUAUCCUGAUACAAAAAGUAUUGUAUAAAAAAAGAAACUUCUAGAAGUUAGUUUAGAUAAAAUAUUUAUUGGUGUAAUCAGGCACUGCUUAUUCAAAUAAUUGGUCCAAAAUUAAAGCCUUCAACUACAUCAACAAUUGGAUAACCGUGGUAACCGUGAGCCCAUUGCUCAUUACACGCUGUACAACUAUGUAUGUAUUAUAUUUCAUAAAUAGUGGCAACGUCCAAAUGAUAUACUGAAAAGAUUUUUUUGAUCCAAUUCUCAUUCAGAAGCGUGUUUUAUUUACUUUUACAACAAAUGUUAGAAUUUGUAGUGAAAUUAAGCGGCUUGCAGAGGUUUUUUUGCAUUCAAACACCUUUGCCUCCUAUAAAGUAGCCCUACUAGUAAGAAAGUUUACGUACGUCUAGGCGGACACAUUGCCGUUAAGUAAUUGUCUGCUUACAUGGGAACAUUGCACGAUAUAAAGCUAACAAAAGGGAACGGAAGAAAAAUUUUCAAACUUGGCCAAGAUUUAAAAUUUACAGCAGACCACUUUAAUUGUUUCAAAUUUUUGUAUAAGACAUCGACAUUCUUUUAAUGAAAAUGAAAACAACAUUUUAUGGUUAUCUCGACAAUUAAGACUAUCGCCAAUUGUAUUCUAAUUAACCAAAUUAAACAAUCAAUUCGAAAUCGUGCCAAAGUUUACAGAAAGUAAUUCCCAAGCAGACUGCUAAAGGAAUAAAACCACUGAAGAUUUAGCUCUAUUGAAAAGAACCAUUAUUUUACAAGUGCGUUCAAGUGCUUUUACUCAACAAAUUUGAUUUGGAAGCAGUUCGUGUGCCAUUAAGCUAUUUUAGUCAAGAUAUAAUUCUCGGAAGUUUCUGUUACAUAUUUACUUCCGACAAUGGGCGACUAGAUGUAUAUUCCUGUGCGAUAUAAUUUUUACAUCAUUUGUUGUACGAGGUAGGUGAACACUGCUCGGAUAUGUACAAAACAUCAGAAAGACUUAAGUAGACCAUAGUUUUAUUGUACCAAUCAACUUAGACACGUUGCACGAAUCCAAAAAUCAGAUCGCAGUUUUCGAGAUAUUUUGCUCAAAUAUGAAAAGACGAUUCUUAGUACUAUGUAACUGGGAUAAUAUUGCGCUAAAGAAAAUUUUAAAUAAGUGAGCGCAUAUUUUAAGGGGGUCCGAUAUUUUUUUCUAGAAAAACAGACGAACGUUGACGUGUACUGGAUGAGUCAAUGAAUAAAUUCCCCAAAAAUACUUCCAAUAAAAAAGCGACUUGUCUACGCAAACAAGACAUUUAAUUUACUAGUUGAAGAACUUCUUAGGAGAAAGUCAGAGCAUAUGAAGAUUUAUGAACAGUCCCUCGGUUCUUAAUCUUAAUAUCGUGGCUCCAUAAAAGUAAGUGAAUAAAGUUAAAGCAACGGAACUCUCUGAAAACAUGAGAUUGUUAAAUUGCUUGCAAAAAAACUUUCCACGGUAUCGAAAACACAUAAGAACCAUUCGAUAUUCGAUACCGUAUUAGAUAAGCAAGCAAAAAAUGUAUAUCUGGCUAGGACCGAAUUUCUUAUAUCUACGACCCUUAAAAUCUUGGACGGCGCUCUUAUUUAUUGCCAGAAAAACGUGCAUGCUACAAAAUUUAUCUCUCCCAUUUUAAUUCAUUAAAAGGCAUUAUUAAGAAACAUUAAUAUAAUCAUGUCGUAACGUCCACUAUAUUCCAUUAGAAAAGAAAACACUUCUCGGGAAAAAUUCAGUGCGUACGAGGGCUCCCUCGGUACUUAAUACCGUAACACAGCAAAAAUAAGUGAAAAAAUUGAUUAAUGCUGAGUAGUAAGGUAUUAAGUUUGCAUACAAAAUAAGUUGCCAGGGAAAGAUCAAGGCGUACGAAUUCUCCUGCGGAAUUACUCAAUAUUUUGUAUCGGGAUAUUGCAAACAUAAGUGAAUAAAUUCCCUCAAAAUAUUUUGAAUGAAGAAGCGAACUUCCUAACUGGAUAAGAUGAUAAAUUACUUGCCGAAGAACUUACAGAAAGUUGAAUACGCCUGAAAUCUUAUAAAUAGUCCCUUGAUCUUUUAUUGUGACACCACAAAUUAAGUAAAAAAUUAUUUAAAGAUAAUACUUCGAAGAAACGAGUGAUCUCUCUGUAGCAGUUGGAUAUUUAAUAUAUUUAGAAUACUCGUACGAAAUCACGCGAUAGUUUGUACGAAAGCAUAGAGAAAAUAAGUCAAAAAAUUCCCUGCGAAUAUUAUGUAUAAGGGAGAAAACCUUCUAAGUGGAUAAGAUGCCAUGGGAACUUCAAUAUGUGUGAAAAGCUCGGUCGCUUAUAACUUGACACCGAAAAAAUAAGUGGACAUGUUCGCUAAAAUAUAUAUUUCGAUCAAGCGAGGGAUCUUGCCAAACCGGUAGGAAAUUUAAUUUGCAUCCAAAAGAAAUAACCAGCGAAAGAUCAUGGAUGGGAUAGGACGUUUAAUUUGCAUUCAAAGGAGCAUCCAAGGAAAAACCAUGCGUAAAAAUAAUGGACGUUUGCAUGUAUCUUGUGUCGCUGACCAAUUGGUGAACAUGUUAAAGUAAUACGAAGAAUCAAUAUAAACAAGGAUUGAAUUCGACGGAAAAGACUCAAAAGUAGGGAAAAUGGCUACCAUACGAAUUGACUGAAAAUAUCAUUACGAAGGUUUUCAACGUCGUUUGUUCGGUGCUUGCCCGGUAAUAAACAGUUUUCCGUGUCGUAUUGUGACUGACGAUACUACGACGAUCGGAAGCGCAAAAAGGCAUGAGUUAGUGCAGGAAAUCGCUCAACAUCGACGCCAAAGCGGAAUAUUCAUGGCAAGUUUUGCUGUGCUUAUGGUGGCAUCAACAAGACUUAGUGUAUUACGAGCUGCUAAAAUCGACUGAAACUGUUACUUCAGAUGUCUACCGACGUCAAUUAGCCAAAUUGGACGAUGUAUUGUUGCAAAAAAGAACGCCAAUAGCGGUUUCAAGAUGCAGUCCUCUUUCAUGACAAUACUCUGCGACACGUUGCAAGGUUGCUGCAGCUUGAAUCGGAAUUUUCUGUCCCGCCCAGCGUACUUAUUACACAUAGCGUCUUUUGAUUACCACUUGUUCCGAUUUAUGUACCAUAGUUUAGCUGGCCCGCGGUUUGGAAACGCUGAACAAGUGCGAAAAUGGGUCGAUCACUGCCAAACCGAUAUCGUUUUCUCCACACAUUAUGGCCGUGUCCGGACAUGACGGAAAAUAUUGUACGAAUUUUUCCCAAUAAAUGCCUUUUUCGAAUGAAAAAUUUAUCAAAGUACAUGCAAGCAUCUAGUGUGUAUAUAAAACCAUUCGUUGUGUGCCACAAUGGCAGAAGAAUAUGCAAACAAAUUCGCUAAAUUUAAUAUUUCAAACAUAAAAUCGAACGCUCUAAAGGCAUUUAAAAUUUGAUUUGCUUCUAAAAAAAGUUCUUUGGGAACGUCAGUGAGAGUAUUUACACAAUAUCUUUAUUCUAAAAAAACUCUGUGAAGGGGUGAGAUGUUUAACUUACUCGCUGAAGAACUUUUCAGGGAGAUUCCAAAGCGUAAGAACACUCAAAUACCAGUCGACAUUUAGUAUCGCUAUACUGCAAAAAGAAGUGAAUAAAUUUCAAAAAACUUUACAUAUACGGGACUGAACUUUUUAAGCGAAUAAGGUGUUCAAUUUAGUUGCAAAAAAACUCCCCAGGAAAACGUCAGUGGGUACUUACGCGAAAUCACUCGAACUAUACGGAAAGAAUAAAUAAAUUCUUUGUAAAUACCGUAUAUAACAAGGGAGUGAAUCGUCUGAGAGUAUCAGACAUUCACUUUGCUUGCAUACUAUAUGUCAAGACAACGUCAAAAAACAUUAAUAAAGGAAUCGGUCAAUAUUCUUGAUUAUGAUACCCAUAUAAACGAAUUCAUUAAAAAUAAUAUAUUGAACUAGUUAACGAAUUGUUUAAUUAGCUUGGACAUGGUCUGUAAAGAGAUCAUUAUUGCUCACAGAUAGGUCACUCGAUUCUAAUCUGAAAUUCUAUCGCCGUCAAGCAAAUGAAAAAAGGAAGGGAACAUGGAAUUCAUUUCGUAUAUAGAUAGCUUAUUUAGCGACGGCAAGUUAAGAGCAGUAAACAAGUAACAAAUAAAUUUGCGAUUUCUUUUGAAAUGUUUACGCUGCUUAAAUAUAUACAUUUUACGGAAAUAUUUAUAAAGAAUGCACCAUAUAUUCAAGGUUUGCGAAAUACCUCUGCGGUGUCAUUAGAACAUUAUCUUUACAUUUGCUAAUACUACAAUACUUCCUAUUUUAUGCAUAUUCGUAAGGAUAUGCGCUUCGUCUAACUUGAUUAACAAUUUUACUGAUAUUGCUACGUCCACUUAAUUAAAGCGUAACUAGUAGCUUCGCAGUUGUGGAGAAAAUCAACGCAUAUUUGAAAAAGUUGUUAAAUGCGUAACAACGCAUAAACUGGAUUGGAAAAAGGGGGUUUUUUCUUAUGUAAUGUUUUUAUGUAGCGUAGCAUAAUUUAGUUGAAAAUGCGGAAGUGUAUAAGGAAAACUUUUGGGCCACUCUAAUAGCGAUAUACGAUAAAUUCCAGUUGAUAUUCAAUGCAAUUAUAACAAAACCACCUUUUAAUUUAUGUGCAAGCAACCAGUUACUGGUUUUUGAUUCUAUUUGCAAAGAGUAAGUAUUAAAAUUUUCAUAAUUCAGCCAAAGACGGAUGCCGCGAGUUCAAGUCAUAAUAAAAUUGUCCUUUAAUUUGGAAUUUCAUAGUCGUCAUUGGCCAGUUUGCGCUUUUUUUCAAGGCAUUAAUGCUAUCGUCAAGAUUCUUCAGUAACUUUAAAUAGGCGGAGUUAAAUAAACGUCUUAAAUGCAUCCACUUUUGCAUUUCAGUCUUGUGCUAAACUAAUAUUUCACUCAAAGAACACGUAAGAAUGAAUUACAGUUUAUAUGAAGAAAGAAAAAAAAAAAUAGAAAUGUAACAGUUUGUGAGAAGUUAUGAAUGGAAGCCGAAAAUGCUGGUCAGAAACCUUUAUUACUUGCGAGAUAUCAUUUUUACUCAAAACCCACUCAAUACCUGAAGAGAGCAUCAGUAAAGCAGUUACAACAGCACUAAGUUAACUAAGCAACGACACAACGACGAUCUUCCUACUUGAUUUCAUUCACGUAAGUGUUGCAUGUGUAUGGGCUUUAACUACAUACAUAGAAAUGUAAACAAAACAAGAAACCAAAUGAGGCAACAGGUGGCGGCGCUGCUUUUUCAAAGUUGUCUUGCCAUUAUCUUAGCGAAAAGUCAACUCUAGCUACCAGCUACCUGUGGAAGGUACAAUAUGUAAUAUUUAGGCAUGAUAGUUUGCUUAUGUCUUUUUGUGCAUCCGUAUGUGUGCUCACUUGGUAUGUGUAUUGAUGUCUGCUUAUGAAUGUACGUUAUGAUCAAUCGCAUGAAUUAACAUUGAAUAUGUAUCUUGGUCUUGUUUUCGAAGGUCAUGGUUAGUUUGGCCACUCCUGAACAACCAGUACGCGCUUGGCAUUGAAGAAAAUGUGACUGAUUACUACUACUGCUCGUUAUUGAUUUCAAACAACUUACAUCCAAAUGUUUAUUGUGUUUUUUGUUUUUGUUUCUCUGCCUCUAUCGUAACUUAAUUAGAACAUCAGCAGUUGUUUAGAUAUAAAUUGUGAACAUUUUAUUUGAAAAAAAUUAUAACAUAAUAAACAGAAUAUGGAAACUUGUGUUUUAAUACCGCAGGAAUUCUCUUUGGCGAUAAAUGCCUUAACCAAUAAUAAUGAAACCGAUCUAACCGUAUGGACUUGCUCAGAUAUACCAAAAGGACAAUUAUUUUAUCCGUUUCAAGGAACAAUACGAAUAGAUAAACUAAAUAUCGCCAGCAGUUUGCAAGACGACGAUAUACGAUAUCAAUUUGGAUUAUACGAUGAAAUUGCCAUCAUGCUCGGCAAAGAGGUACAUCACUGCAAUUGGAUACGUUUUCUGAGAAUAUCAAACACGUUUGAUUCAAAUGUGAACAUGGUGUGUACCAAAUUAAAAGGAGAACCAAUAUAUGAAACAAUUAAAAUGAUUGCCAAUAACCAUGAAUUAGUUGUCUUUUACUUACCUCAACGCCCAGAGCAACAUCUAUUUUCUGAAAUGCGGACUUCAUUAUACCGACAUGCUAUCGAUUCUAUACUUCAAGAUACGCCUUUAGAUCUAUCUACAUCAUUAAUUCAUCGAAAAGUGUUACCAGUGUCACCGGCCUCGACUAGCGAAGAUGAACAUAAAUCAAUAUCAAGUGAAUCUUUUGGAUCCAUUACAUCCUUGCAUGUCAUCGAGAAUUUGGUUACCAGCAAUGGUAAUAAAAACCUGAAUUGUUCAUUAAAAACUCAAACGCCAAGGAAAUCAUCUCGAGUUAAUCGCGGAGAACGCUCCCUUUUGCCAUGCAGUGUAUGUGGGAAAACGUUCGAUCGACCUAGUCUUUUAAAACGUCAUAUGAGAACGCACACAGGAGAAAAACCACAUGUGUGCGUAGUAUGUGGUAAAGGCUUCAGUACUUCAAGUUCUCUUAAUACCCAUCGGAGAAUUCACUCAGGAGAGAAACCUCACGAAUGUCAAGUUUGUGGCAAACGUUUCACAGCCAGUUCAAAUUUAUAUUAUCAUCGAAUGACACAUAUUAAGGAAAAGCCACAUAAAUGUAAUUUGUGUUCAAAGUCGUUCCCAACGCCAGGUGACUUAAAAUCCCAUAUGUACGUGCACAGUGGUUCUUGGCCGUUUAAAUGUCAUAUAUGCUUCCGAGGCUUCUCUAAACAAACAAAUUUAAAAAAUCAUCUCUUUCUUCAUACAGGUGAUAAGCCACAUAUUUGUGAGCUGUGCAACAAGAAAUUUGCUUUAGCCUGCAAUUUACGAGCACAUCUGAAAACACACGAAGGAGAGCAGCAGGAUGAAUGUGUCCGAUGCGGUAAAGUAUACCUUGCCGCCGUAAAUGCCAAACAGAAGGGAAUUUGUUUGAGAUGCUUUGAAUCAAAUAAGUUAAUCGAUGUAACGAAAACAGGUUUUCAAUAUGAUGUAGAGUUGGCUACCGAAGACGAUUCAUCAAAUGAUAGUAACGAACUUAGUGAUAAGUAACAAUAACAAUAAAAAAAAGUAGGAGUAACAAUUUAAGAUGUUAUAUAUAAACUAUCAGGUCGACCAUUGAAUACUCUCCUCAUCCUUGUAUUUUUAAUUUUUUUUACUUACGAUUCAAUGCUAGAAAUCAAACCGAUUAAAGAUUAUUUAGAAUGCUAAACGCACUGCGCAGUCCGAUAGCGCUAUACCGGAAAGGAAAAAAAAUUAUUUCUUUUUAAUGAUUGAUAGAAAGUAAUCUAAAAAAAGGCGUAAUACAAAGAGAUUGUUAAUAUUACUGAUUUCUACAAACGUACAGGCUAAAAGUCGAAUAGCGCUUUCGCCUUCAGUUCAUUACCAAAAAAUACGGGCCAACCAACCGCUUACUCUUAGUGGAAGCUUUUCAUGUCUAAAUGUAAGCAAAUUGAACGACAUUUUGAAAUAUAUGAUGAUUUCUAAGAAAUGUUUCCAAAUCUAAAAAUUUACUAAUCUUCGAGCCAACAAAACAAUCUAAUUUAUUUUGAAAUUUAUCA